ACUGCGCUCAAACCUCAAAACCUCUUGUGUACAAAAAUGCUAGAUGCGUUCCUUGGGUGAAUGUAGAAGUAAGAAUUUCAGGUGGACUGCAAAAUUAUAUAAAUCAUACGAAUCCUGAAGUUAAACGCCUAGUUUACUUUUUUUCGCAAACUCAACAUGGCUAGCGCAGCAAAUAUGAACGCUGUCCGGGAAACCAUGGAUGUUCUGCUGGAGAUAUCUAGGCUUUUGAACACAGGACUUGACGUGGAGUCCCUUUCACUUUGCGUGCGUCUUUGUGAACAAGGAAUCAACCCCGAGGCUCUGUCUUCGGUUAUAAAAGAGCUCCGCAAGGCCUCUGACGCAAUGAAGGUGUCAGAAAGCAGCAAAGGUUAAGAGCCGAAGAAAUGCAUAAUGAAGGAAAGGAUCAGACUGACAUUAAACGCGUUAAACAAACGAUAAUUUCCCAUACUUUAUGGGAUGCCACUUUGGUCGCUUUUGAGUUAUGCAGUAUGGCAAAGUAAUUUGCAUGAUGUCUUUGUGACAGUUUGAAGCAAUUGAAUCUGAUCAUUUUGAGCUGUGGACAUAUACAUAUAUGUGAUGAAAAUUUGAAUUUCAUCAGGAAUGAAAUGUAUGCUGUACUUAGCUGUGCCCGUUUUUUCAGUUAACUUCCCCCAAAGUGGUGUCCUCAGCAGCUUGGUAUUUUGCCUGAAGUGGCUGUCUUGGAAAAGCAGUUGGUUGCUUGUCAACCUGAAACACAAUAGAAAGUCUUCAAGACUUGAAAAAUGGGUGUUUGUCUGCUUGGUGCUUAGCAUCUAAAGAGAGAGGAGACAGUGGCCUGUGUUUGACAAGGGGAUUUGUGUUUGACCUCAGGCCGUUUACUUGUUUGUUUAAAGUGUCUUCCCUCAACAAACACCAACUCUGAAGCUCACUCUCUGAACUUUUUGCUAUAUAUAUAUAUAUAUAUAUGUGUAUAUAUACACACACAGUAUUUUUUCAUCCGGUUAAUCCUGAAUUAUUUAAAUAACAAGUAUGUUUCAGCGUGGGGGAGCUGUUUUUGUGUUAUUAAUUUUUGUUACAGCUUUGAUGUGAGAUUUUUUAAAAUUGAGUAUUAAUUUCUUACACAUUUGAAUAAAAUAAAAUAUUGCUGAA